CUAUGUAAGGACCAGAGUUGAUUGGCAAAACUCAUCAGAGAGAACGAAGCUAAUAAUCAAAUUACUUGAUUGUAAGUCUUUAAUUAAGUGAAGAAAAAUGUCAACUCCGGCAGCUGCAACGAUGGUGUUCAGGCUUGUGGCAACGGUGUCAAUAACAACGGAGCCAAUAACAUCGGCACUGGCUCUGGGAGCCAAAACCAUGGCCAAGGCUCCGGAUCUAACCACGUCAGUGGUGGAAUGUGGAACGUGCGUUGCCCAAGCUUUGCUGGCUGCCCUAUGAACGUCGGUCCUGAUGCUGGAGCUUGGAAUAUGGGGUCUGCAUCUGGAAGUGUCAACCAAUUCAAUGAACAAGCCAAUCUUUCACCAGGGUAUAAAACCUCCUUAUUGUU